UUUGGAAAUUCUCCACCUCUAGCUUUGAAAAAAUCGACUGCCCCCAUCAACUUUUCCCUUGGCUUUACCGAUUCAGUUUUCAAACGGAAGGCCCUUCACGUGCUCUGCUCUGGUUUUUCCACAUGAGAAAGCCAGGCCGUCGCUUUUUUCGCAAGACCCGGCAUGGGUCAUCGAUAUAACCCAGAAUUGACGGAGUCUUGAUUAUUCUUUGGUCCAGCGUUCCGAAGUUUGGGUAUCGCGGAGAGCUCGGGGGAGAAGGAAGAUGGAAGCGGAAGCAGAGAAGGUGUAUGUCGCCGUGGGGAAUGAUCUGCAGGAUAACUUCAAGACCUUGGAGUGGGCACUGAGGAAAUGGUCUUCUCAGCCAAUUCACAUGGUCAUCCUUCAUGUAUCGAGAAACAUAUCCAAGGAAUUCGUGUAUGGUCCAUUUGGGAAGCUUCCUGCAAGUUCUGUUAGUGAGGAGGUGCUCGAAGUCCUACGAAAGAAUGAGCAAGAAAAGAUUGAAAAUCUCCUUUCCAAGUGCAUCGCUUUCUGUGGCAAGGUGAAGGCUGAAGCAGUGAAAGUAGAGAAAUAUGAUGAACCCAUUCAAAAGCUCAUUGUGGAUUUGAUAUCUAGAUUGCACAUAACCAAGUUGGUGAUGGGUCUCACAUUCAUGAAAUCCUUCUCUUCAUCAUGGAAACCAAAAGGUGCAAUCAGUGGGUCAUUCUAUGUCCAUAGACAUAAGCCUGACUUUUGCCAAUUGUACUUGAUAUCCGCCGGAAAACUGGUGCAUCAAAGAUGGGAGGGUGAAGACGGAAUCAUGGAGGAUGAUCAGGGCGUAACAGUUGCUAAGUUAAAGGAGAAGUCUAUCUUCAAAGGUUGGUUAGGAAAGAUGUUCAACGACAACAAUUCGCUGGAAAGAAAUUCCACCUCCACACCCCCAUCGCCGGCGAACUCAGACUCCCCCGAUUUGCACUGUCAGUGGGAACGCUAUGCGGAAGAAAUCGAAGCUUAUUUCCAGGAGCUGCUGAUUUCUUGUAAAGAAGAUGACAAUUUUGAGGACCACGGAAUGGGUAGCCCAGUAAAGCCAGAAGUGCCAGAGGAUGCUAUUACUACUAUGAACCCUGCGGAAAAGAUUGAAGCUCUCAAGAGAAAAAUAGAGGAAGCACACCAGACAAUCCAAUUGAAGAAGAAAGAAUCUAAGGAGAACAUGGAAAGACAUUCGAAAGCCGAAUGGGCCAUCACUUUGUGCAAUGAACGAUUAGAAGAUAUUGAAGCCCGAGCUAAAGAAGAAGUCACGAACCGAGUGGCGCUUCAGAAAGAUUUGGAGGCCGAGAAGGAUAAGCUCUAUGAAAUGAGCAGGGACAAUGAAGAGAGCAGGAGCAAGCUAAAGUUGCUCCUGCAACUUCAGAGCGAACUCUCGAACAAACUCCAAAUUUCGAACCUCGCAAAAGUGCAUGCUGAGGCCCGCCUAGAGAAAGCGGUCAUAACAAGGGGAGAAAUGGUGAGGGAGAUCGAGGAAUUAAGGCGGCAGAGAGAUGUCCUCCAACGCCGGAUCGAGUUUUGUAGAGAAAAAGACACGAUCGAAAUGGUUAACAGGUUGACUGAAGUUAGCUGCGGGUUUCAAGAGUACACAGAAGACGAGAUCAGGCUGGCAACCGACAAUUUCGCCGAGUGUCUCAGACUGAAGUCUGGGGGAGAAUGGACGAAUGUGUACAGAGGACGGAUAAAUCAUGCGACGACAGUCGCGUUUAAAAUGCUCAACUCUUCAAAUGGAUUAUCUCAAGACGAUUUCCGAUGGAAGAUGAGAUUUCUCAGUCAAGUUCGACACCCGCAUAUCGUCGCGAUAGUUGGCUUUUGUUCGGAGCUGAGAUGCAUAGCCUUCGAGUUUAUGCAUUCCGGGAGCUUGAGGGAUAUUCUGCAUUCCCCUCACAAAAAGUCCAGAAGAUGUAACUGGCCCCUCCGGUGGCACAACCGCAUCCGCAUUGCCCACGAUGUGGCAUCGGGCUUGGGUUUCCUCCACUCGGCCAAACACGCACCAAUGAUUCACGGGUGCCUAACCCCGUCUAACAUCCUCCUUGACCACAAUCUCGUAGCGAAAAUCAGCAAUUUUGGGCUCGAGGGGCUCGAAAGCCACGACAGUAAGGAUGUGCACGUGGAUAUCCAAGCUUUCGGUGCUAUACUGGUGCAACUUUUGACAGGAAGGAACUCGUCCGGGCUACUCGAACAGGUGAUGACAAUGGACCGCAUGGGCCUUGUCGAAGUAUUAGAUCAGAUGGCUGGACGGUGGCCAUUGGAUCUGGCGGAAGAGAUCGCUGGGAUAGCCUUGACGUGCUUAUCCGUUGAUCCAGCAUCUGCUGCAGGUUUCGACAUUGGACCGAUCAUAGACAAGCUCAAACAUCUAAGAAGAAGAGCGGAUGAGAUCGUGGCGAGAGGAGGGAAUGAGGCCGCCAUCGGAAUGGGAACCGACCGGAACAAAUUGAAGGGCGUCCCCAACAUGUUCAUAUGCCCCCUACUUCAGGAGGUAAUGAAGAACCCUCAUGUAGCAGCAGAUGGGGUUUCGUACGAGCUAGAGGCCAUUGAGGACUGGCUGUGGACAGGGCAUGACACUUCCCCCGCGACCAACUCGAAGCUCAAGCACAAGUUCCUCACGCCGAAUCACACCCUCCGGGCGUUCAUUCAAGACUGGCAAAGUAAACGAUCCGCAGCCGGUCAUUUGUAAAUCAAAAUAGUUAACCGAAAAGCACAUCAUCAUGCACAACAGAGGCUAGAUUCAAAUAAUUUUUUUGCUGAUGAGAAGGUAUAUAGUUGCUGCCAUAACAAAGCUUGUUUUUGCUGAGUCGUCCCGAUAAACAAGGUAUUACGUAAGCAGAUCAGGCAUUCUACACGCGCCUUUUGGCA